GUGUCUGUAUAAAAUUUGGAAAAAAAAAAAGCGAAUUUUAACAUCUUUACUUGCUUACUAUGUCACAACUUCAACGAAGAAAAAAGCAAAAAUUAACAAAAGAAACACUUAAAUCAACUAUAGAAAAUCAAGAAAAAUGGCAAGUGCCUUAUUCAAUGAUUAGCAAUCUUGAAUCCUCUGUUCAAUCUUUAAUCUCUUCAAACAACAGUCUUCAAUCAACGCUUCAUCUACUUGAUUCAGCUACAAAAGAUUUUACUCGCCAUUGUGAAUUUGCUAAGCAUGAUCGAUUGUAUGAAGUAGUAACUGAAAGUGACAUUAGAAGUGCCCAAUUAGAGAUAUCUAAAGAUGUUUUACCAGAAUUAGAGCAGUUAUUAUCAGAGGCAGAUCAGCUGUUAGGAUUAUUACAAGUUCAGGAAAAAGAAAGCAAACAAAAAGUAGAAGAACAACAACAAAUACUUUCCCAUUUAAGAACAGCUGUCAAGUUCGCAACGAGUCAAUCAAAAAUUCUAUCAAAUACGAAAGUGAAUAAGAAUAAAGAAUCAGCAUCUUCAGCUGUAUUGAACCAAUUAAAAGACAAGCAAAAACGACUAAAACUAUUGAUCGAUGUAGAAGAUCGAAAAAUCAAAGAAGAGACGAUUGAAUUAAAAGGCUUACAGAAAGAGAUUUUACAAUUAGAAAAGGAAAUGGAACAAGUGAUACCAUCUGAUAAUGGAAGUGAAUUGAUUAUUGACAAGGAUAAACAUAAAUUAGAGCUUAUACAACAAUUAGCAGAUUUAAAGCAACAAACAAUUAAGAAGAAAGAGAGUUAUGAAGAGAAACAACAAAUAGAAGCUUCUCGAGCAUCUAAUUCCUCAUCAAUACAAAUAAAAGAAACACAAUUAAAUACUUUAGCAAUAUACCAAUUAUUUAGCAUUAACUCAAACUGUCUUGGAAGCAAUAAAUCAAGAAGGAUUUAUAACGUCAGAAGCUACCUUACAAAAGUGUGAAAUACAAUGUAAAAGAUAUCUUCAAGCAAUACAAAAUGAAAAAAAGCAAACGCCUAAAUCGAAUACCAACUUGAAUAUUAUUCAGCAACUUAAAACAAUCUGCAAGGCUACUAUGCCAAAUCAUAUGAUUGGUAAAACGACAGGUCGUAUCUUAGAGCUUAU